UAUCCGUCGUGUAAUUUUAUUAGCUGAUCAUAUGCCACGGCUAUAUGGCUCCAGAAUAUGCGCUCUAUGGUCUAUUUUCAGUAAAAUCUGAUGUCUUCAGUUUCGGUUUGCUAUUGUUGGACAUAGUAACCGGAAAGAAGAACAGAUGCUUCCGUCAUCCACAUCAUCAUCACAGUCUUAUAGGAUAUGCAUGGAGAAUGUGGACGGAAGGGACACCCCUUGCGUUAGUUGAUCCCUCGUUAGAGAACAUAAGCUCCAUGUUGGAAAUAUUGCAGUGCAUUCAUGUAAGUCUGUUAUGUGUCCAGCAGAGUCCGGAAGACAGACCAAAUAUGGCUGUUGUGGUUUUGAUGUUGAAUGGAGAGAGUACACUACCACAGCCAAGACAACCCAGUUUUCUGAGAGAUGUGAUACCAACUGAAAUUACUUCUAUCAGGUCUGACACUGACUCUUGCACUGCAAAUGCAAUUACAUUUUCCUCGUUCGAGGCUCGUUAGAGAACCUCUAACGGUAUUAAAACUUGUUUUGUUCUGCUUUUACUUUAUUUGGUAACGAUGAUGACAUGAGUUGAUCUUAAAUGAAGCAGUAAGGAUUCAUAUAGUCGAUCCCCCUGUGUAUUCCAAUUCUAAAUACAAUCUUCCAUUUAUCUACCACUUUUGUUCUUGGUUUUCAUUGUGCAUAGUUCAAUUACUGUUAUAAGAUUCAAGAAAGUGGAAUGAACACUCUUAACUUUGGGUGAAAAUUAAUUUCCUCCUCCGACUUUGAACAAUAGGCCAUUUCUAUGAAAAAAAUUCUCUUGAAUUUUACUUACUUCAUCAAGAAAAUCCAAUUUCAAGGACUUUUUUUAAUGCAUAAUUGCAUAAUUGAUCUCGUAUGAUUGCU